AUGGAGGAGGUGAGGAGAAGAGGGGAACCGGGACCGAGACCGACCGGUCGCGAUGCGGAGAGGAGACGGAGCCAGGAACGAGAGGGAUGGCAACGGAGGUACGAGCGGUACCCGCGGCGACGGAGCGGUAGGGAACCGACCGUCGCUUCUGGGAGGUGGAGGCCCCUCCCGGGAGGGUGGAGACCACUCCCUCCCGCCUCCACGACGACCGACAGCCACGGUGACGGAGACGUAGCAGAUCGCGAGGACGUCGUACGGCGACCGAACGACAUGGACGCCGUCGUUCAGUACGGUGGAUGGAUCCCGUUGUGA